AUGUAUUCAUUUAUUGUUCAAAGUCUCAUAUUACUGCUGACUAUUUCGGCUACGUUUCAGGCUGAUAAUACAGUUUUAUGUUUUCAAGCCGCCGCCAUUCUUAAGUGUCCGUCUAAAAGCUGCAGUGCAAUCGGGUAUGUCAGAAAUGAAGUAAGCUAUCCAUCCGAUUGUUUUGUUAUUGGAAAAGAUCCUGGUUUUAAUUCGAAAUAUUAUCGUAUCAAUUUACUCGAUGGAGGCUACGGCUACUCAGUGGCUACGUGGAUACCUCAAGAUGAGCAUUUGCUAGCCACCAUUCUUCAUCCACAACUCAAACAUUUCGACAAAAAUCUAACUGAUAAAACAAGAGCAAUGCAAUUACUUCAAAAUGAAAUUGAAAAACAUGCAAAUCGAAAUAAAUUGUGUUCAUUUUCAUCUACAUCCAAUUCAUCGUCUUGUACACCAAUUAUCUUAUCUCUUCCAGCAUGCUCAUCAGAACAAACAACAACAGAAACAAAAAAAAGAAUCUCCCAUCUUUAUGUUUCGAUGAUUCUCGAUCACCAAUAUCCACCGUCAAUGAAUUUGCUUCAUGAAUGUCUUCGACUUUAA